AGGGCCUAGAGUACUUCAAGGAGCAACGAAUGAUCUUGCUAUAAUUGAAAAAGUGAGAAUACCCCCUUUUAACCACAAAUACGACGGGGUUACAAGCCCGGAUGUCAAGCCGCAGCCUCGUAAAGUACGACGCGAAUUUGUUUUUCUCGCUGACAAGUGGCUAAUCCCUAGCCAAAAUUUUAAUAUUAGAGUCCUAGGUAAUAUUUCAUAGGCCAAGUACUUGCAGAGAAGCGAACAAGCUCAGAUUUUCUGUGGCUUGUACUAUCGAAAAAAAUAAAAAAACUUAUGCACCUAUCCAACAAUCCCCCAUUAACCUAUGGAGAUCCCAUAUGAAAACCAGUAUGCCGCCAUAUAUCAUACUGGGCGUAAGAGACAUGCGCCGUAUUAAAAGAAAUUCGGGUUUUUAUAUGGGACUCCCAUAUUCUUCUUAUGGGAUUAUCGAACAUCGGACAUGUGGGUUUUCAAUAGAGCUGCGUCGCGGAACGUUACGCGUUCCAUUCCAGGAGCCCUCUGUCAUCAAAGGCGAGGCUUGCCAGCGUGUCCAGCGCUGGUGACCACGUGGUUUGUCUGCGCAUGUAUGCCAGGGACAGCAGAGGGCGUUGGUCUAUACCGCAGGCUCGCCGUGCACCGCUCCCUGGCGGACAUCAUCCCGGUGGCAGGAUGGCGCGAGUACUGCGAUGGCGGCAGAUGGGCCUACAAGUCGCCGUACUGCGGAAACGUGACCAAUAUGGACCCCAAUUUUUCAGAAAAUCAAGACGCGUGGCCGCACUUCGAGAAGGCAUGCGGCAGUGCUGGCCAGUCGCCCAUCAACAUCGACUUCCUGCAGACCAGCUUCAAGAGCUUCGGGCCCAUUGCAUUCCUCGGCUACAAUGUGCCCUUCCGCUUCAAGGUGGAGAAUGGAGGACACGCCCUGUACAUCACGCCUGAGAAGCCGCAUCUGGAGUCGUACGGGGGUCCGCUGCCGGCUCGCUACACGCUGUCCAAGGCCGUCUUCCGAUUCGGCAACGAAACCAGUGAGCGCGGCUCGGAGCACACGCUCGACGGACGAAACUUCGCGGCCGAGCUCCAGCUUCUGAUGUCCUGCGAGAAGCCAACGCCUACCGACUGCCUUCGGCGUGACAAAGGGUUGGCCAUAUUCGUCAUUCUCUUUGAGAAACGGGACGUGUCCAACCCGCCCCUGGACAUACUCGUCAACGCCACGGAGCACAUGACGGCGAGAGGCAACACGACUGAGACGUUCAUUCCCAUGGCCGUCCUGCUGCCGAACUCGACGGCCAACUACUACCUAUACUUGGGCUCGCUCACUUUCCCGCCGUGCACCGGCAAGGCUCUCGUGGUGGUCUUCAACAGCGCCGUCUCCAUCGGAGAGACGCAGCUGAAGAAGCUGAGGAACAACCUGUACUACUACUUUGGCACCUGCAAGAACCGGGUCGCCGGCAACCUGCGCAAGCCGCAAAAGCUGGGCAACCGCAUCGUCUACAGGUCAUUCAAGUUCACCGGGGUGGCUACCACCUCAAGGGCUGCUUUGAAAGUGCUGAUCGGAGUAGCGGCAGCGACCACUGCCCAUUUUAUCGGAAGUGGCCGCACUAUUUAA